AUGACAGAACACAGCGUGAUGCGGGGCUUCAGGUUCCUCCUCUUUUGGGGGUAUUGUGGCGUGUGCAGCUGGGGAAUGUCCACGUUAUCCCCACUGGAAUCCGUGACAUGGGAUCCGAAUGGAUGCAGAGAUACCACCGUGUGCCCAGCGUAUGCAACCUGCAUCAGCACUUCAAAUAGUUACUACUGCUCUUGCAAACAUGGCUUCCUGGCCAGCAAUGGACAGAAGCAGUUCAGGGGCCCAGGAGUGGAAUGCAAAGACAUAGAUGAAUGUUCUCAAAGCCCCUCACCAUGUGGUCCUAACUCAGUCUGCAAAAACCUGCGAGGGAGGUACAAGUGUAGCUGUUUGCCUGGUUUCUCUUCUCCUACUGGAAAUGACUGGUCCCCAGAAAAGCCUGGUCAUUUCGCCUGCACAGAUAUGAAUGAGUGCGCCAAUCCCAGAACGUGCCCAGUGCAUGCGACUUGCCACAACCGUUUAGGGAGCUAUUCCUGUGUUUGCAACCCAGGAUAUGGAUCCAGCAAUGGAAAAAUGAGUUUUCAGGGCCCAGGAGGGACAUGUGAAGAUAUUGAUGAGUGCCGUGAUAGAUGCCUUUUCAAUGCAAUGUGCACCAAUACCCCAGGGAGCUACUACUGUACCUGCAACCCUGGCUUUGCAGCAAACAAUGGAAAGCUCAAUUUCACAGGCCAAGAAGCAGACUGUACAGAUAUUGAUGAGUGCCUCCAGGAUCCAUCGCCAUGUGGCCCAAAUGCUGCCUGCACCAAUACCCUGGGCUCCUACAGCUGUAGCUGUGCUGCGGGCUUUCAUCCCAAUCCACAGGGCUCCUGGAAACACGGCAACUUCAGCUGCAAAAGGGCUCCCUUCAAGUGUAGAGAAGAUGUGAUACCCAACAAUGAGUGGGUCCAGCUAUGCCAAGUGGGAGCACUGGUGGAGGCUGAAUUCAUUUCCUUUUGUUCACUAAUGAAUGCCACCUUCAAUGUUCUGGAUGAUGUCUGUAAAAAGGAAACCACCGUUGUUUCCCUGAAGAGUACCGCUGAGAGCUUCGCCUCUGUGAUUGAACAAACAUCCACAUGGUCCAACUUCACUAAAGAGAAGACAUCCACGCUGGCCACAGUCCUGCUGGAGAGCGUGGAGAGCACCACACUGGCAGCUCUUCUGAAAUCCUCGGAGAACAGCAGUCAAAGUGUUCAGACGGAAUACUUGGAUAUUGAGAGCAGAGUUAUCAAUGAGGAAUGCUCUGAAGAGAACGAGACCUUUAUCUUGAAAGCAAAAGGGGAUGAGAUGAAGAUAUGGUGUUCCACCAUCAAAGAAUCUGAAUCCGCAGAUGUCAACGGGGUGGCCUUUGUCUCCUUUGUGGGUAUGGAGGCUGUUUUAGAUGAGAGUUACUUCCAAAACACUCAGACUCCCUUCGCCAACUCCCAGGAGAAGCUGAAGAUGAAUUCUCGUGUCACUGGGGGCAUCAUAACAGGAGCGAAGAAAGAUGGGCUCUCUAAACCUGUCAUCUACACUCUGGAGAACACUGAGCAAAAGAAGAAUUUUGAGAGAACUUUCUGUGUUUCCUGGAGCACAGAUGUGGAGAGAGGUAGAUGGACAACUUCUGGCUGUGAGAUGCUGGAAGCUUCUGAGACGCAUACCGUCUGCAGCUGUAAUCGAAUGGUGAAUCUGGCCAUCAUCAUGGCUUCUGGGGAUCUCACGAUGGAGUUCGCCUUGUAUGUCAUCAGCCAUGUGGGCAUCAUCGUCUCCCUGGUGUGUCUCACCAUGGCCAUCAUCACCUUCCUUCUGUGUCACACCAUCCACAACCAAAACACCUACCUCCACCUGCACCUCUGUGUGUGCCUCUUCUUGGCCAAGCUUCUCUUCCUCACCGGUGCAGACAAGACUGAUGGAAAGGUGGGCUGCGCCAUCAUCGCCGGCUUCCUGCACUACCUUUUCCUUGCAUGCUUCUCCUGGAUGCUGGUGGAAGCUGUGAUGCUCUUCCUCAUGGUCAGAAACCUGAAAGUGGUGAAUUACUUCAGCUCUCGGAACAUCAAGAUGCUGCAUCUCUGUGCCUUUGGCUACGGGCUCCCAGGGCUGGUGGUGGCUGUCUCUGCCAGCAUACACCCACACGGUUACGGGACGUAUAAUCGCUGCUGGCUGAAUACAGACAGAGGGUUCACCUGGAGUUUCCUGGGGCCCGUUUGUACAAUUAUUGUGGUCAAUUCCAUCCUCCUGACUUGGACAUUGUGGAUCCUGAGGCAGAAGCUUUCUAGCGUCAAUGCUGAAGUCUCGACACUUAAAGACACCAGGUUACUGACAUUCAAAGCCUUUGCCCAGAUUUUUAUCUUGGGGUGCUCCUGGGUGCUGGGCAUCUUCCAGUUUGGACCCAUGGCCAGUAUCAUGGCCUACCUGUUCACCGUCAUCAACAGCCUGCAGGGAGCCUUCAUCUUCCUCAUUCAUUGUCUGCUCAGCCGCCAGGUACGGGAAGAAUACAGGAGAUGGGUCACCAGGAAACCCAAAGCCAGCUCCCAGUCCGUCACCUCAGGGAUCUUACUGUCAUCCAUCCCCUCCACUUCCAAAACGGGUUAAAAUCCUUUCUUGCUUUCAAAUAUGCAGUGGAACAACAUUUCAGGAAAGCAGGUGCCUGCAGGAACCUACUCGGAAACCUCCUCUUCUCAGCUUACUGUGGAAACGCAGGAUCCCGCCAGCGCCACAGCGCUCUGGGCAGCUCGGAGCGUGGAUGCGUGGGGCGGCCUUCCCAGGGCUUCAUGCCCUGGUGGGAAACAGGAGUUUUUGUUCCAGGUCACCGUUCUACUUUCUGUGUUCUGCAGCUCCUUGACUUUGGGGGGCUUGGGGAAGAUACUAGAGCUCAGGGCAAUAAUAGUAGCACCAAGAACUUCUGGCUGCCGAAGCUUGCUGAUGCCUGGCUCCAAGCGUGCCUCGCCGGCACCUAUUACAUGCUUAACACACAGGGUAGCCCUCAAUACUUGACUUGUCUUAUGACUGGCUGGCUUACUUUCAACAAAGAACCCUCCAGCUUUUAAAGAAAUGGUCAGUAAAACUGUCAUGAGAGCCCCAGGGGGUAAACAAAGCACCUGGGCUUAGAGGGCGCUUUGGCAGAAACACUUGAAAGUUCCGAGUUGGUAAGUAGAAGGGGUCGGUGAAGCAGAGUUCCAGCGUUUCACAGAAAGCUGAGCCACUUGAUGACAACAGCCUUUGGCAAGUGUUUUGCUUUCCUGAAACCUUGCAAGGAACCAUCUCCUCCCUCCCUUCCAGGAACAUUCUUAUAACUUGAUGACGAUUGACACUGCUCACAAAGUUACCGCCAUCCCAUCUUGCCCCCCCCCAUGCCCCUUCCCCAAAACCUUGAGUCCCAGGGAAAGAAAAAGGGAAUUAAGAUGUACAAACGACUAGAUGUAAAAUAAGUAAGGUUCACGAAUGUAAUGUUCAGCACAGGGAAUAUGGUCAAUGUUUUUAACAACUUUAUAUGAAGUAUAAUUUAUGAGAAUAUCAAAUGACUAUGCUGUGCCCCUGAAACUAAUGUCAUAUCGCGAAUCAACUACACGUCAGUUGAAAGAAAAAGGAGAUGCAAAUUUAACAUGUUGAUGUCCUCCCUUCCGUGGCCACGUUAAUACCUCCCUUCCUGCUCAAAGUGGGCUCCGUGAGCCAGGAGCAUCGGCGUCACCUUGUCAGAAAAGCAGGAUUCCAGGCCCCACCCCAGAUCCGCUGGACCAGAGCCUGCGAUUUAACCCGACCCACAGAGGACUUGUGUUCACUCAUGAAUGUUCCAGCAUAUUCUAGAAUAUUCGGUUUGCCAUGCUGAUAGUCCUGCUUGUCUUUAAAACCAGAAAGGAAACAUAUUAACUUGGAGAUUUUACACCUGCCAGUCCUUCUUCCUAUGACACCUUUUCUCAAAAUCUUACUCAGUACUGCCCUCUCUUUGAGUCUCAGCUGAGUCAUCACUUCCACCAGGAAGCAUUCUUUGAAUCUCUCUCUUUUUUUUAAGUUAAAAUAUAGUUGAUUUACAAUAUUGUAUUAUUCUUUGAACCUCUUGAACUAGGAUUAGCUGUCAUGUCUGUGUGUCUACCGAGGCUUUGUUGAGCUGAAGCGAGUAGACCACCAGAUAUUUCUCUAGCGAAGAUGAGUUUACUCGGAAUCAGUGGAGAAUUGCAGUUCAGGGUCUGCAGCUGGUGAGCCAUGUGCGAGUUCUUAAUGGCAAGGGAAAGAGAACACUUUUGCAGGGGGGAAAAGGAAGUUGGGAGAGCUAUAGUGAAAAAAGAGCACAAGGCUCUUCAUUGGCUGCGUCCUUGCCAGGAAAGAAGAGGAGAUGUCUUCUUCUUGGGCACUGCUGUCAUCACAGGAUGUGAGAGCUCCCCUUUCUGGUCUCCUGACUCUAUUUACUUGAGGUUUCUGUUUAUUAAUUUUUUUUUACAGCUUCAUGCUUUCUAGCCUGUGUUAUAAUUUCUCUUUCUCUUGGGUGUCUCCAACUUAAACUUUGAGCUCCCUCAGUACAGGGAAUUGUAAUUAGUAGGUUCUCCAUAAAUAUGUUGAAUGAAUCAGUGAAUGAAUGAUUUCUCUCUAUUUUGAAGAGGAGCAAUGUGAGGCCCAGAGAGGUUAAGUAACUUUCUCAGCAUCACACAGCUGUAGGUGGCUGAGCUGGAUUUUGAGCUCCUGACUGCAGAGUUCCUCUUGCAGACCUUUGGACCCUCUCCUUCUUUUCCUUUGACCCCAGGAAUCCUUGGGGAUACAGAGAAGAGACUAAAUAUUUGCUUUGAAUCAACUUCCCACCUGGGAUUCAGUUAGCUCAGUAAUGCUCAUGAUUGGGACAACUUGAUAACAACAUUAAACCUGGUUGGCGGAGGCUGGGCUUCUGUUCUUUGUGACAGCUACAACUUGGGAGGGGGCUGAGGCGUGUUUACAAACAGGAGUUUCAUUUGUGAGAGGCUGAUCUUCAAUGCUGGGUUGGUCUAAAGUGUUCCAUACAGAGGUGACAAUUCUAAGGGAUAUUGAAACAGGAGACUGCACAGCGCUUACCAGAGCCAGCUGUGAUAGAUCAGCUGCAUCAGUGGCCUCAGGAAGGGUCUCUGUGUCCCCACACCCCUUCCUUGUAACUUUGUCGCCCCUUCCUGCUCUGGCUCUGGCUUGGUCUUGAGACUGGCUUUGGCCAAUGGGCUUCAGCCACUGUGGCUCCAACGGAGGCUCCUAAAGUGAGUCUGUAAUCCUUCUUGUCCUUUUUGUGAUUAGUCUUUCCUCCUCUUGCGUCCCUGCCUCAACUGUGAGAAUAUGCCCAGGAUAACCUGCUGGAAGGCUGUGAGAAACAUACGGAGGAAAGUUUAGACAUCCUCUCAUACAGCUGGGGCUGUCCCUAAUCAGCCACUCAGCCAGCUUGUAACUGACUACAGUUACUUGAGUGAGCCCAGCCACGAUCAGCGGACCUUCCCAGCCAAAUCACAGACUCGGGAGCAGCAAUCUAGCCUCCUUGCUUUAAGGCACUCAGUUUCAGGAGUGCUUUUCUAGGAAGCAUUAUUUGGGGGCAAUUGCUAAUUGAUACAGUAGCCAAUGGAUUAUCAACAUUUUGCAAUUGAUUGCAAUAACUUGGAAUAUAAAAAGAGAAGGUUUUGGAUUUUCAUUUCCAUUUUCAUUUCAAAUUAGUCAUCAGGGUCUAUAAAUCUGUGAUGCUUGAAUUAAAGUUCUCUCUGAGGAAGACCUGCACAGGGCUUUAUCUGUGUCUGCAACAGUGUUACAUGUUGGUCUAAUACAGUUGCCUUCAGGAAUCACAUAUUUCUAAGGUAGACGGAUAAAGUUGUGACCUCUACAGCAGGACUUUUUCUUACUGUAAACAGCAAGCCAUACUUGGUGUUCCUUCACCCCCAUGGUCUCAUAUACCACCAGAGGGAGAAAAAAAGACUUAGAAUAAAAUCUGCAUGGUACUUAAAUCCUAUAAAGUGAAAUAACUUUGUCCCCUGACAAUCUAAAUAACUUACGGUGUCCCCCCCA